ACCCAUAAUGCACUGCAACCCGUGAGAAUUGCCAGUCAUCUUCCGUAUUACGGUGUGCGGUGUGGAUUCAAGCGAGCUAUUUAUUUACGUGCCUGAUUAUCGCAUAACGAGACCGAACUCCAGAAUCUGAGUCUCAACAUGAAAGAAGCGACGGCGAAGAAACGCGAGAAAGUGCGCGCGGAGAAAGAUGUGGAAGAUGUGGAGAUGAAGGAAGACGAGCACGAGCAGCGCGCGCCCCGCGAACAAGACCAGCUCACCCUGGACGAUAUUAGGGAACACGUGAAGCAGAUCGAGAAGGCUGUUUUGGGGAAGGAGCCGAGGUUUGUUCUGCGAGCGCUGAGAGCUCUGCCCUCAACCAGCCGGAGACUCAACCCUAAUGUUCUUCACAAGGCUGUGACCGGGUUCUUCACCUCCAACGCAGCGAGCAAAGAGUUUCUGCUCAGCUUUCUUGAACAGCCGGUGGAGAAUGAGGGCGACGUGCAGUUCCGGCCUCGCACAGGUAAAGCUGCCGCCUCGCCCCUGCUGCCCGAGGCCGAGGCCUAUCUCCAGCUGCUCAUGGUGGUCUACCUCACCAACAACCAGCGCUACGCCGAGGCCCAGAAAGUCUCGGAUGACCUUCUGCAGAAGAUCGGCUCUCAGAACCGUCGGGCUUUGGACUUAGUGGCUGCCAAGUGUUACUACUACCAUUCCCGUGUGUACGAGUUCCUGAACCAGCUCGAUGUGGUCCGCAGUUUCCUGCACACACGCUUGAGGACCGCUACGUUACGCCGUGAUGCUGACGGCCAGGCCACGCUCCUCAACCUGCUUCUGCGCAACUACUUACAGUACAAUUUAUAUGACCAGGCUGAGAAACUUGUGUCCAAAUCAGUGUUCCCCGAGCUGGCCAAUAACAACGAGUGGGCUCGCUAUCUGUACUACACCGGGCGCAUCAAGGCCAUCCAGCUGGAGUAUUCAGAAGCCAGGAGGACUCUCACUAAUGCGCUGCGUAAAGCUCCUCAACACACAGCUGUGGGCUUCAAGCAGACCGUUCAUAAGCUGCUGAUCGUGGUGGAGUUGUUGCUGGGUGAGAUUCCAGACCGUCUGCAGUUUCGUCAGCCAUCUCUGAAGAGAUCUCUCAUGCCCUACUUUCUGCUCACACAGGCGGUGAGAACUGGAAAUCUUGCCAAAUUUAACCAGGCGUUGGAUCAGUUUGGAGAGAAGUUCCAGACAGACGGCACUUACACACUGAUCAUCCGUCUGAGACACAACGUCAUCAAAACCGGGGUGAGAAUGAUCAGUCUUUCGUACUCUCGGAUCUCUCUGGCGGACAUCGCUCAGAAGCUGCAGCUGGACAGUCCUGAAGAUGCCGAGUUCAUCGUGGCCAAGGCUAUCCGUGACGGUGUGAUUGAGGCCAGCAUAAACCACGAGAAAGGUUACGUUCAGUCUAAGGAGACCAUGGACAUCUACAGCACUCGAGAGCCUCAACUCGCCUUCCAUCAGCGCAUCUCCUUCUGUCUGGAUAUCCACAACAUGUCUGUCAAGGCCAUGAGAUUUCCACCGAAGGCGUACAACAAGGACCUGGAGUCGGCUGAGGAGAGAAGAGAGCGGGAACAGCAGGAUCUGGAGUUCGCUAAAGAGAUGGCAGAAGAUGAUGAUGAUAGUUUCCCAUGAGUCCCUGAGUCUCGUGUCCUUAUUUCCUCAUAUCUUAUUCUGUUUCGUUCCCGAAUCUUUGCAAAUAGCGGUCUGUUCCUCACAUGUGCUUCAGCUUUGCUCUUAUCGUAAUCCAUGAAUGUACUGUGUGAUGUAACAUUAUAAACGCAUCAGUUCUCUGGUUUUGAAAAUUAAUGGAUGCUUAUUUUUUUUCCUCCAAUACAUCAGUUUUAUACAUGUGGUUUGCAGCAAUAAAUCUCAAUUAAACAUAAUAGUGUCUUGUUA